AUGGAACAAGAAAAUACCCAAAUUCGAAAAGUUUACGUGUUGCCAAUGAGAGAACAUACAACAAUUUGUGACAACGUAUUUACAGAAAAACAAAGAUUAAAAAAUAAAAUGGCAACGCAGGCAAAAGUUUUGUUAAAUCUUUUUGGGGGAUUUGAUUGUAAAGAGGUUAGACUUGAUGCUUCUGAAAAUAAAUUUACUGCACAUCGCUAUAUUGUUCGAGAAGAUCUUAGCAGAGUACGAAAAACGGAUGUCACCAUACCUACUGAACAUUUUGAAAAAUUUUAUAUUCAUGUAGAAACAAGAAUUGUUAUAAGCUUGAGAGAACUUCGAUCAAUUCUUCAUUUUGGGAAUAUUUGCGGAUUUACACUUAAUUUGCAUUUUGACAGACCUGGACGGCCAAUGAUUGUGGCAAUUGAUGAAAAUAUGGAUUUAACUGCAGAAUUUGUAUUGGCUACAAUGGAUGAUUUUGAUGCUCAACCCCAAACCCAACAUACCUCAUCUCAACAAAAUCAGUUAAGCUCAACACAAUCCACUUCAAAUCAACAACAAGAAUCUCAAACUCCAAAUAUUCAAAAAUUGGGAAUUGCAAAACGUUUAAAUUUAAAUGCUCGACAGAAAGAAAAUCAAAUGCCUCAACAUUGUGCUUCGUUUUCUUGA